AUGAACAAACGAUUGAUUGUGGAAAAUGCACUUUUACCUUCUUUAUAUGAUAAUAAAAACUUAGAAAUAAGAUUAUCUUAUUGGAAACCUGAUACUAAUUAUGAUGAUAAUAAUAUUGACAUUGGUCAAAAUUCACAGACUGUUAAAGGUGUUACUAUUUCACAUCCUUACGGACCUUUAGGAGGAGAUUUUCACAACAAUGUUGUAAGAACUGUUGAAGAUUUCUUUCUUAGAAAAGGCUAUCUUACCAUUGCUUUUAAUUUCAGAGGUUCCGGAAAAUCAGCUGGUAGAACAAGCUGGUCUGGUGAGCCAGAAUGUUACGAUUACAAAACAAUUGUAGAAUUUUUAUUGAAUUCAGGGAAACUUGGAAAUAAAACAAUAGCUGUUGGGCCCAAAGUUUUAUUUGUUUAUGGUGAUUCUGAUCAAUUUACUAAUGUUGGUAAGUACAGAAGGUGGAUACAAGAAAAUAAAUUAUUGGAAAAUAAGAAUUGGACAGUGAAAGAAUUGACAGAUGCUGACCAUUUUUUUGCUUCACAAAGAAUGGAAUAUGAAUUAGUUGGAGCAAUUGAUGAAUGGAUCGAAAAAAAAAAUUGA